GCAUGGUGCAUGUGUGAGCCUUUACAUCACUGGGGUGUGUGAGGGUGUGUGUCUGUGUGUGAAAGUAGUCGGACACCACAGUGUUUUUUUGUUUUUUUGUUUUUUUUUGUGCACUUGGCUUUACCGUCUUUGGCACAGAGCUUCAAACAUGAACCUGUUUUGCUUCACUCUGCAGGAUGGCUCCUCAGAGAGCAUAUAUGAACCACCCAACGGCUCGUCACUGAAGGAUGUGUUACCAAAAUACCACUGCAGCCCUCUUCUAAGGCAGAGACCUCAAUGGACUGGCUCAGAUCCAAACCUUAGUUAUGUCCAAACACCAAAUAAUUUAAGAUUAAAAAGAAACAAUAGAAGGUCUUGUAUCCCAGUUUCAGCGAUUGAAAAGGAAACAUCAGCGUCUUCUCUUCCAGAAACAGAUUAUACAUGUUGGACAGCAUCAGGUCUCAGGAAGGACAUACAUCAAGAGACAGAACUGAACAUUGGAACGUCAGAAGCAGCCUGUCAUGACAACACAGAAGAUCAAAUGAAGGAGCUGAACACUGCAAAGACAAAAAAUGGACCGCGAGUUCAAAGUCGUAAAGAUGUCGAUGAGAACGAUGGAGUGAUGACUUCAACAGCAAGAAGACUGAAGAUGUUACAUGAUUUUGUGCAAGCCAAAAAAGGACAUCAGAGUUUUUCUGGAAAAGGAAAGAACCAGCCUAAUAAUUGCAAUGUGUUAAGUAACAGCAACCCAGUGUUGACCUGCAUCGGUCUCGGCAAAAGAACAGAGAAGACGACUUCUCGAACUGAACAGCAGCUGCAGCACGAAGAAGUAAAAAACCUCAAUGAGGAUUCAAAGAGGGAAGGUGUUUGGAGCCCAAUUGACUGUUCUCAGCCCUGUUCGCCCUUCUAUCACACUUGCCGCCAACCUGGACAUGAGCUGUGGGUCUGCGGGGGCAACUUGUUGCUUCCUCGGGCUACAGAAUGGGAUCGCUUUGAGAGUCUGAUUCAGGAACUGGACAGAAAAGAAUCUGAUCUUCCUCCUACCACAAUUACAGACUCUGCCACAUAUAUCCAAUCCACAGAAGACAAAUUGACCAAUUUUGGAAAAUCAGGCACCCCCACGGAGUUGUCGCCAUUUAUAAGACCACAGCAUAAUACAAGCUCUCUGCUGGAACAGAGUGGAUCCAAACCUAGGCAGCGGGAGACUGAGGACUCACCACAGGCUGACACCAAGCCCAUUGAAACCACAGCAGAGAAAAAGGUCGCAGCUGUCAUUUGUGUUGACAAUCAAAAUCGAGAAGCAAAGAAGAGGGAGUCUGGUGUCAUGAGGAUACUCACUGAAGGACGCAAGCUCUCCAGUACUUCAAUGGAAAGCCUCUACAGCCUCAACAGUAGACAAAGUUCCUCAAGUGGAGUCACCAGUGAUUGUUCCAGUAACAGAGGCAGUCUGAGGCUGGAUGAUGAUGUCUUUUGCACAAGACACUUCUGCGGUCGAGCAAGAGUCCAUACAGAGUUUAUGCCGAGUCCAUAUGACACAGAAUCUCUCAAACUCAAGGUUGGUGACGUGAUUGACAUCAUCCACAAGCGUCCUAUGGGAAUAUGGACUGGGAUGUUGAACAACAAAGUAGGCAACUUUAAAUUCGUCUAUGUGGAUGAGCUUACAGAGGCAGGUCCUGAGACAUGCAAGGAAGUGCAAAACCACAGAGCAAGCCAAAAAUGUAGAUCGACUGUCCAUGAAGUAUUGAGGCGCCUCAGUUUGGAGGAAUACUCAAGCUCUCUGCAGCAGAACGGUUACCAAACAGUAGAUGACUUGAUGAGGCUGAGGGAGCAUCACCUGACAAAACUGAAAGUGACUGAUCCAGAACACAGGCGUCGUCUCCUCGCUGCUGUCGAGUCCUUGCAACAACUGGGCUCUAAUUGUCACUUGGAGAAGGAGCCCAAUCAAGAGGCCGAGACCCCCAGCGAGAACACGAAUAACUGCCCGAGAGACUCAGGCUGCCACAUGCCAUCUGACAGCACCGACAUCACUGGAGAGGACACAGACCUUCAUUUUCCUUACCAACCCCCUCAACCUUCUAAGAUGAUGGCUUCAUGAAAUGAUAUUUGGCUUUUUAAGUGUUCCGUGGCCCAAAUCAAAUGUUUAUGAGUCAUUUUCAUAGAAUUUGAUCAAUAACAGUAAAGACUUACCCCACUGAAUUUCCUUUUGGAAUUGAAUUCAUUUGACAGGUAUGAGCAUUAAAACUAAAAAGUAAGUGCAUUCCUUUACCGUUAUUACAGUUGUAUGAAGACAAAAGUGUAAUGGGUUUAAUGAGUAGUCAGGAUCAUUUAGGCACUUGUAUUCGCAGAGUUGAAAGGGCAUCCCAUGUAAAUUGUGCAACUCCUGGCAUUUUUCACAUUUUAAAUCAUACAUAAGUUUAAAAAAAAUAGGACUAAGCAUGGUUGUUUCAGCAUGGGAGACAUUGAUAUCUGCACUAUUGUCUCCGUUAUUGAUCAAAUUAUGUGAAAAUGACCCUUAAAUUAUUUGGAUCAACACAAUUUUAAACAUUGUACAGGGGGCAUGCUCAUGUUGAGCGUUGACUCGCAACACUAACAGUUUACUCUAGCAAAUGUAAGAUGUUUUUGGCUGAAAUAAAAUAUGUAUGUG